AUGCUGGUGGCGGUGUCGAUCACUGCUGUGUGGGUGCCCUCGGCCGUGUUGGCAAACGACGAGCUCGUUCAGGCGAGCAGGGGCCAAUUGCAGUCUUCGGUGGAGCAGGUGUCGAAGGAGUUGCUGGGCUACUUCCAGGUAGCAUCGACGCAUGCUGCGGUCAUCGGAACCAUGUACAACAUGUCUUUCGCGGCAGCACCAGCAACAGCCCCGAUGUACUUCAUGGACGGUUUCGGAGCUGGGACAUGGUCGCUGCUCAAGCAGGCCCCGACCCUUCAGUCGGUGCUGCUGGCACAGGCGCGCAACGAGUCUCUUCUGAGCUCCACUACCCAGCCCUGCAACACAGACGUCGCUCUCAUAUCUGCCACCUACAAGGCCAACCUGAAUUCCGAGACAACUGGUACUGGAUGGGCUGGCAACGAGUCGCUAUUGAAGCUCGAAGCCACUGACGAAGCCCCGGCAGACGAGGCCAGAAUGAAUCUCAUCAUGGGCGAUGACAACCUCGCAGAUCCUUUGGAGUUCAAAGGGACGUUGUUCUUCAGGGACUGCAGCGACUGGCUUGGCGGCGGUGAGAACCUCUGGAGGAUGCAGAACCUGCCGGGCAGUUGGUCGUCGAGGGACUCUGGCGUCAGGGAGGCGGUGUGGCUCCCGGGCACGGUGAUCGCAGGCUCGGGCAGCAACCAGGCUCUGUACAAGAAGGUCUUCUUCCCGCUGGAGGGCCCGCCCUGGGCGAACAAGAGCGCUUUCGGCGCGAUCUCCGUCCGGGUCGGCGCUGGCGUCCUCACCGGCGACUCCGCUUCGACGGUCAGCGUGCAGGACAUCCUGCAGCAGGUGGCCGAACAGACGGAGGGGGAUACGCUCCUAUUCGUGCUCACCGCGGAGGGCGAGGUGCUGGCGACCUCCUCGGGGGACCAGCAGGUAGAGCUGCGGGACGCGGCGGGCGCGCUCGAGGGGCUGCUGCGGGGGGACUCUGACGAUGUGCUGGACCCGUUCCGGCCGGUGGUGAGGGCGCUGCUCGCGAGCCAUUGUAGCGUCGACGCUGUCGGAGACGGAAUGCGAUGCGACUGGUCCGGCGUGCCUCCGAUGCAGGAGAUCUCCGGGUACUACGUGGCAGCCAAGUUCAUAUCCGACCCUCAGGCCACGGACCUCAACAUGGUGCUGCUGAACAUGGCAAGCGUCGACGUUGUGAAGGAGGCGUCGAAGGAGCUGAACACGCAGCUUGGCAUCACGGGCGCCAUCAUCCUCGCGUUCGCCUGCGUGCUUGCCGUGAUUUUGUCCCGGAUGGUCUCUAAGCCCUUCUUGGCCGCUCGGGACAGCAUGUUCUUGCUCGGGGACAUGAGGGUGGAGGACGCGCUUCAGCGCAAUACGGAGACCAAGAGGAGGUGCAGGUGGUCUUUCACCGAAGUCUCUGAUCUGCGCCUGAGCUUCUUCCACGCAGCGACGUGCCUGCAGGCCUGGCGCGAGCACGAGGUGCAAAGGAGAGUGCAGCUUGAAGAGGAGCGCACGAACAGGAUCCACAAAACCGUCGAGAAGGCUGUCCGUGGUGCGGGGCAGCUCGUUCACCCGAUGGUCCUGAUCAGCGCCGAUGCGUUCUCCAAGCUGGAGCAGCUGACCAGCUACGAGGAGCUGCGGAACACGAGGAAGCUGGUGUUCCUGGACACGGAGGAGGCGCUCGCAACGUUCAAGGCGGACAACUCCAUCAUCUUCCUGUCCCACCAGUGGCUCGCGUGGGGGUUCCCAGACAACGCCACGAAGACGCACCUCAACGCCAUGAAGAGCGCAAUAAAGACCGCGUCGGCGCGCGUCGGCGCCCAGGGCGCGGGCACCCGGUGCUCCUGGGAGAAGACGUACGUCUGGGUGGACUACUGCUCCAUCGCGCAGGACCACCGGGGCAUGCAGAUGCUGGCCGUCUCGUCCCUGCCCGUGUACUCGGCCAGCGCGGACAUCUUCGUCAUCAUCGCGCCGCCUGCGGAGCACCAGAGCAGCCGCCGCUGCGACCUGCAGUCCUACAAUGCGCGCGGCUGGUGCCGCGCGGAGAUGCUGGCGAAGAUCUGCAGCAGCGGCCUCGAGAACUUCUUCGUCUUCGCGUCCAGCGAGCUGGAGCCAGUGACAGAGGAUCGGCUGCCGUCGCUCUCCAUGUUUGUGUUCGAGGGCGAGUUCUCCUGCUGCCAGCAGAGGCACAUCAAGUCCUCCUGCGACAAGGAGGCCCUGGUGGAGCCGGUGCUCGGGCUGUAUUCGCUCGUGCUGCGCCAGAUCCGUGCCAACGCCAACUGCAAGAACAUGGAGCCGAUCAUGAGGCAUAUCCGCGACAACAAGGAGAGAUUCUUCCCUACGCUGUACUCCUUCCAGGCCGAGGGCGCCGAAGCAGAGGAGCGGGAGCUCUUCGGGCCACUGGUGAGGGCGACCGAGGCGUACGUGGAUGACCUGAGCCUUCCAGAGUGCGCUGUGUCGUUCGACUCGCUGCAGAAGCGUCGGCAGGGGAGCGCUCCGUCGGCUGCCACCACUGGCGAUGGUCAGCUGGCCGUGUAG